AUGACAGCAUUAACUACAGAAGAACAAUAUAAAUUGAUAACUAAGGAUUUACAAGAAGUUCUUAAUGGACAAAUUAUUAAAAACGUUUUAGAAAAUGAAAAUAGGCCUUUGAAAAUUUAUUGGGGUACUGCUCCAACUGGUAAACCACAUUGUGGUUAUUUUGUACCAAUGAUUAAAUUAGCACACUUUUUGAAAGCUGGUUGUGAAGUUAAAGUUUUAUUAGCUGAUUUACAUGCUUUUUUGGAUAAUAUGAAAGCUCCUUUAGAAGUUGUUCAAUAUAGAGCUAAAUAUUAUGAAUUUGUUGUUAAAUCAAUUUUAAAAUCAAUAAAUGUUCCAAUUGAAAAAUUAAAAUUUGUUGUUGGUUCUUCUUAUCAACAAAAUGGAGAUUAUAUAAUGGAUUUAUUUAAAUUAUCAAACGUUGUUUCUCAAAAUGAUGCAAAAAGAGCUGGUGCUGAUGUUGUUAAACAAGUUGCAAAUCCUUUAUUAUCUGGUUUAAUUUACCCUUUAAUGCAAGCUAUAGAUGAAGAACAUUUAGAUGUUGAUGCUCAAUUUGGUGGUGUUGAUCAAAGAAAAAUUUUUGUUUUAGCUGAAGAAAAUUUACCAUCAAUUGGUUAUAAAAAAAGAGCUCAUUUAAUGAAUAGAAUGGUACCUGGCUUAGGUCAAGGUGGUAAAAUGAGUGCAAGUGAUCCAAACUCAAAAAUUGAUGUUUUAGAAGAUCCAAAAGUUGUUAAAAAAAAGAUUAAUUCUGCAUUUUGUGCUCCUGGUAAUAUAACUGAUAAUGGUUUAAUUUCAUUUAUUGAAAAUGUUAUACAACCAAUUCAGGAAUUGAAAACAGGAAUCGAAAAUUCAUUUGAACUAAAUAUUAAUAGACCUGAAAAAUUUGGUGGUCCAAUUUUAUAUAAAUCAAUUGAAGAUUUGAAAAAUGAUUUUAAGGAUGAAAAAUUAUCACCACCAGAUUUAAAAAUUGGUGUUGCUGAUAAAAUUAAUGAAUUAUUAGAACCAAUUAGAAAAGAAUAUGAAUCAUCAAAAGAAUUCCAAGUCGCUCAAGAACAAGGUUAUCCACCUGAAAAACCAAAAGAAAAGAAGGUUAAAAAGGUUAAAAAAAUAGGUACAAAAUAUGCUGGUAAUAAAGAUGCAUCACCACAACCAGAAAUAAUAGCAGAUGCUAAAAAAGAAGCAGAAAUAUCUGAAAAAGCUGAAACUGUUGAUGAAACAACUAAUAAAUUAAAUGAUGUUAAAAUAGAAUAA